CCCUUACACACACACGCUCCUCUCAAGCAAUGGGUGGCCUGGCCAGCCCACACACCAGGCAGACAGACAGACAGGCUUGCGAUAGAAAACCAUUCAGCACCCACGCAACCGCGUUUGAUUCGAUUCCUCGAUCGACAACUCCAUCAGCAGACCACCACCCCACCCCACACUGAUACUGAUACAUCCAUCCAUCCACGCACAUUACAUUCAUGUCUCUCUGUCUUUGUCUCCUCCGCCCUCCGUCAGUGAAUGAAUGAGUCAUCCCAUGGCGGGCUGCGGCGUCGGCUCCCUCGGCUGCUUCGGCUGCCACAUAUACAUCGGCGGCCGCCCCGGUGUGCGAGGGGGCGGAUGGCACGCAGGGUACCCUGGGAAUGCUGCCGGCAGAUACACAGGCGCAGGGCCACCCACAUGCGGUCGAAUCGGCACCAUACCCCCGAAUAUGUUCACACCAACAGCACCAGCACCGGGAGGGGGCGGGGGCGGGAAGGGAUACAUGGCGGCGGCGGGCUGGGCCGCGGGCGGACGCACCGCAGCGGCGACGGGCAGCAGGUUGGCCUGGCUGUGCGCCUUUUGCAUGAAUGGCGGCAGCGGUGCGCAUGGGAGGGGGAUCUGCACGGGGAACGGGUUGAUGUGUCGGGGCAGGAGGGAGCGGAGGACGGAGCACGUCAUGGGGAAGUAGAAGGACAGCCGGGUCACCGGAGAGGCCGGGAAGGGGGGCUCGGGCACGGAAGACCCCGACGAUGUCUCGUUCAGCCUGAAAUGCAGUGCAUCCAUACACACGUACAGAGAGAGACACCAUCGAUGGUGUGUGUGUGUGUGUGUGUGUGAGGGAGGGAGGAAGGGAGGUGUGAAUGCUUGCUGACAUGAUUGCCUGAUCGACGAGCCUGUAUCCCUCCUGAUAGGCAGCCUCCACCUGUGUCAUCGACGGCCUCUUGCUCGGCAAAUGCUGGGUGGUGUCGUGCAUCAACCGCACAAAGUGACACAGCACCGCGUCCAACCCCCGCACGUCCGCCCGCUGCAUCAGCGGCAUGAUCGACCAGCCCUUCCCCUUGCCGCCCUUCUUGGCCUUCUUCUCGUCCCCCUCGAGCACCUCAGGGGUGAACUCCUCCCUCGUCUCCAUCUGCGACAGAGAGGGGUGGUACGCCCCUGUGUGGUGGGGGUCGGUGGGUGGGAGGGAGAGGUCGAGGAGCACGGCGAGGGCGGUGCGUUUGUCCUUGUACUCGGGGUUGCCCCAGCUAAGCAGCCGAUUGAAUUCGUCCUGGGCCCGAAGGAGCCGGUGUUUGGACGAGAGGGCCUCCUUCUGGGGGCCCUCCGACAUGGCGUCCACCUCCUCGUACCGCUCGCGCCACUCGGGCUCGUCCUUGAGCACGCCAUCAAACCCCUUACCACCUGCAGUGCAGACACACAGAAAGGUAUGAGGCACAAGUGUGUAUUGUGCGCAUUGGCGUUGACGGACAUAUAUACCGGUGAGGAUGAGUGAGAGCUUGACGCUCUCGACCCAGACGAGGGUCUUCUCUGAGUAGAGGAUGGAGACCUGCUGGUUGGAGUCCUUGUGCACCGCCUCCCGCCUCAGGGCCUGCAGAUAUCCGCCAUGCCUCUUCUCUAUCGACUGCAGGCGCUCCACCAGCGGCUCCUGCUCGAUCCGCGAUAUCUCCCGCUUCAGCUCGCGGAUCUCCCUGCUGACGUUGCCCAGCACCUCCCGGUCCUGCUCGCCACGCACGUCCGUCUUCAUCUGCUCCUUCGUCUCCUUGAGCGACUCCAGGCGCUUGCGAAGCUCAUUCGUCUGCCGCUCGAUGGCCUUCUGCUCGUCGGAUGUGAGAUCGUAUCCGUAGUGCUGUUUGAGGAUGGAAGGGGAGCGCCUCAUGUUCUCAAGCGUUGCCAGGGCUUUCUCGGGCGCCGUCUGGGGGGACACAGAAAUCACAGGCAGGGGCGACAAAAGGGAAUGUGGCUCUGGCUCAUUGGAGUACUUACUUUGUAUGGCGUCAUUGCGGGGAACUGUCCAACGGCACUCUGCUGCGCGAGGUACGGCGAGACGUAGAUGUGCACCUGGGGCACCCCCGCCACCCCAUGGACGUCGUUCCACAUGUCCAUACUGUUGCCCCAGUCGAGUAUGCGGAUGCGACACUUGCGCACAGGCACCAGGCCGUCCCUCUCCCUCUUGGUGUCGGCCGCAUUGCCGUCGGUGCUGCUGUCAUGCUCGAAGACGCAGAUGACGUCGGCGAAUGUGCUGUCGAUGCAGAGGAGGCCGAUGGCGGCGAGUUUGCGGUGGAGGUAGAGGGUUGUGUGUGUGACGUGCAGCAUCUGCUUGAGGGUCGACAGCAGAGAGAGGGGCGGCAGCGUGUGCAGCAUCGUCGACGCCAUUCGCAAAUACGACUGCAGCUUCUCACCUGAAGCAGAGAAGCCGAGACACGUAUGCAUUUCCUUCCCCCAGACAGAUGAGAUGAACAAAACAAUCUCCCCCGCCCCCCUUCACACACCCACCCACACAGACAGACAGACCUUCGAUGUAUUCCAUGGCUAUGCAGUAGACGAGCUGGUCGUUCUCAUUGGGUCUUUCCCAUCUCCCCUCGCCAAAGAAGAGCACCUCAGGGGCCGGGCAUGGCUCGUUAGGGUAUGCAUGUCGCCACCGCAACACCACGUCGCAGAGCCUCUUGGCCUCGACCUUUGACAUCUGUAGCUUCAUGGCGCUCUCGUGCAUGGCCACGACCUUGACUGCGAUCAACCUGUACACCCACGGCGGGGGAAGACCGGGCACCGCCGCACCCUCCUUCAUGUGCAGCUGUGCCUGCGGCACAGCACCGGGCUUCUCCUUGGCCUUCUUGGCACAGAUGGUGGGGAGCAGCGCCUCGAAGGUCCGGCCGUGAGCCCCGGUGCCCAGCAACCCGCCCAACACGAGCUGAUUGAAGCAAAGCAUACAGAAAAGCAGAGCAGCCUCUUACAUGGACGGGGUCGCCUGAGCCAACAAAAACACCUAUGUGUUACCUCUGCUGGCAUGUCUGGGAGCUUCUGCGUGGACCAGGGCGGCGUGCCUCGCGUGUGGAAGGUGAUCUUGCCGUUGACAUGAUCGGUGCUCGUGGGCGGAGUCAUCGAGGGAGAGGAUGGGGAGGGAUGGAGAGGGAACGGGGCUGAAGGGAGAGGAAGGAAAACGGCGGGGACGCAAGCUUAGCUAGCAGUCUCCUGGCGAAAGACGCUACGUUCGCACGUCUUGGUUGCUCGUCGUAGUGAG